CUCAAAUUUUAUAACUUGUUAUUUGAGAUAUUACAAUGCCAAUUUUUCUAAGUAUUAAAUUUUAUAGCUUGAUUCUUUUUGUGCUUAAGCAUAUUGAAUUAAUUAAUGGUACCAAAAAUAGAAUUAGUUUUUUAAUUGAAAAUGAUGGUUGGAAAAAUUUAACUGAUGUGCUGUAUAUUAGGUAUUGGAAUCAAGAAUACACAUUACAACAAACAUUAGAAACACCUAUAACAUCAAAUAGUUACGAUACUCGCAUUCGUAGUGCAACAAUAAUUCUUGGAUGUUCUUACGCCAACAUAUUGAAGACAAUAUUUUUUAUCAUGGACUGUUUUUCAGAUUAUUGUGAAAUAUUAAUAAAUCCAGAAAACAAAAACAAAAAUGCGUACGACUGCACUAUUGAACUAAUUAAAACAAUACCACAUUUAAGUUAUUUAGCAUUACUAAUGAAAGGCGCAUUGGUUUCUAUAGACAAAUUACAUAACAUACCAAUGGCAAUUAUUAAAAGAUGUGAACUUAUUUUGAAUAAUGUAACUACUAUGUUGUGUAACGUGGAAACUUUAAACUUAUCAUUACCAAUAAGAGUAAACCCAUUAAAUAUUAAAAAUAUAUUAAAAACCAUAAAGCAUUAUUUUGACGAAAGAAAAUUAAACCUAAAAGAUGAUUUAAGAUUUUGUGAAUUGAAAUCUACAAAUUUGGACAUAUUAUGGGAAAUUUUGAAAAAGAAAUAUGAAUUUUCAAAAAAAAAAGGACGUAAUCAAGAAUUUUGGACCUUUAUUAGUCAUAAAAUUAAAAGUUUAAUAUAUUGGACUAUUAUUGAAAGAUAUAAGAAUCUAGGAUUCAAAUUUGAUUCAAAUACCAAAAAAACACUUUUGCCAGACACGACAGUGAAAUGUGAAACAGAAGUAAAAUUGAAUUCACAGAAUCAUGCUUCCAGUAAAAUUAGUUAUUUAUGCAAACACAGCGGUUGGAAAAAUAUGACUGACGUGAACUACAUCACAUAUUCGAAACGUCAACAUACAUUACAAGAUAUAAUGUAUAACAAAUAUAGAUAUGAUAAACAAACACGUUGUUUAACGGUGUUUCUUGGAUGUUCAUACGCCAACAUUUUAAAGAAUAUUUUCUUUAUAUUAAGUAAUUUUCAACAUCACUGUAAACAUUAUUCAAGUCAUUUAGAAAAUUUAAACAAUUAUAAGUAUGAAUGCACUAUUGAACUUUUAAAAACUAUACCUUUUAUAACAUUGUUAGUAAAACAUUUGGGAGGCGCAUUAAAUGCUUUAGAUGAAACCCUUAAAAUUUCAGUGAAAAAUGAUGAUAUAAAAAAAUUUAUUUCCAACACAUUAAUUAAGGAUCUUCAAGAUGAAAAAAUUUUAAAAUUGUUACCUGAUUUACAAGUACAUCAAUCGAAUUUUGAUGAAACAUUAUUGGAAGUAUUACGUUUCAUUAGUGAAUGGAAUGAGGAACUAAAUAAAGGCAUGAUUAUUUGCAACAUUAAUUCUGAAAGUCUGACUUCAUUUUGGCGUAAUUUGAAUAACGAAUAUUACAAUAUGCAAUUAAAUGGAAAUAAUAUCAAGUUUUAUAAUUUUCUCAGAUUUAAAAUUAUAACUAUUUCUCAAAGGGCUAUUCAAGAAAAAUAUGUUAAUUUAGGUUUUGAAUUCAACUUAACUAUGAAUAAAACAGUUAUACCAGAUAAACCAGAAUUAUUAGAAAGAGAAUAUUUUGAAGAACCGACAAUCCUUUCUACUCAAGUGCUGAAUGAAAAAAGAUAUGAAGGUAUUAUCCUUGGAUAAUUCAUAUAUAGUUAAAAUAGUAUUUUGAAGAUCCUUCUGUUGCUUCUACUCAAUUGCAAGAAGAAGAUAAUCAUGAUGAUAUUGAUUUAUUUAAAUGACUUAUUUAUUUUAUUUCUCUUCAGUAACUGAAUAAUCUUUAGUUGAAACUAAAAAAAAUCAAAAUGAGUUUUUGAUGUGUUUCAUAAAAAAAAAAAAUUAAUUAUAAUUAUGUUGUUUUCUUCUAAAUUUUAUAUCCUAAAUUAAUUUUUGUAACUUUCUUAUUAUAGUUAAUUAUUAUAGUAGUUCUUAUUAUCGUAGGAUAAUUGUGAGACUAAGACUUCUGUCUUGUCUGCUAAGGAUGUUAGUAUGUUACCAUCAUGAGUUAUGUUUAUUUUUUGUAUAACUGUGUUGUUGUGAUUUAAUUUAAUUUAUAAAUUAUUAUUUAAAAAGUACUAUGUAUAUCACAAAUUUCAUAUAAAUAAAUUUUAAUGACUAAAAAAAUAUGUAUACUUUAGACAAUUAAAAUGUAAUUACUUUCCCCAAUGUGGGAUACGUUGUUACAUAC